CUGCAUCGGCAAACUAGCCGAGUUGGCAAUUUGGCAUCUUCUGCAGACAUGCCACUCUUCUAAGAUAUUAGAAUCUUAUUGUAUUCAUUGAUUUAGGCAUCCUGAACAACUUAACAUGUCAAGAGGAGAGCGAAAAACCGUUUUAGAAAGUCGGUUUUCAUCUUUCGGAAGAUGUGCCGAAUGCAAACGUAGUGAAUAUUCGAUAUGGCACCCACCACGUAAUGUGGUAUAAUUCUAACAAUACCUGCCUCUAAGACCGUUUUAAGUGUUUCGCCUUUCAGGUUUCAAACUACACUACAUUUUAUAUAACUAUAUUUUCUGUGCUGUCAACAUUCUUUACAUGGCGAAAGAGAUAUCGAGAGCUAACCGCCAACCGGGCUUGCUAGUGCUAGUCCUUCUCUAAUCUCUGGUGUGUUUUCAUUUUCUGAGCUGGUAACGCUGGUGUGGAUGUAAACAUAUGAGUCUCAUUCUUAUUCCUCAUAUUAUGAGAGGAUGUAAGGUGUUGUAUUGAAGUGGUGUUUGUGUCUCUGUCCCGUACAAGAAAUGGUGCGAAAAUUAACUAGCUUUUUCCCGAAAUCACCGAUACGAUGUUCGUUUUCUACAGUAAAUGAAACUAAACCACUCUCAAACAUCGAAAUAAAGGGCAAAUCAUAUAGUCGAGAUGAGUGGACAAAUGUAACACCCAAAGUUCUCUCUUAUAUUGGAAAAAACUUACAUUCUCAACCAGGUCAUCCUUUGCAUUUAGUCAAGAAGCGCAUUGUGAACUAUAUGUAUAAGACAUUCGUGGGACGGAGGGGAAAUCCUUUGUUCGCCGUAUUCGAUGAUUUAAGCCCUGUGGUUACCGUCGAGCAGAAUUUUGACAGCCUUCUUGUCCCACAUGACCAUCCCAGCCGGCAAAAAAGUGAUUGUUACUAUAUAAACAAAAGCAAUUUAUUGCGAGCACACACUACAGCCCACCAAUCUGAACUUAUUGGCAGUGGUCUAAACAAUUUCCUAAUUAUAGGUGAUGUAUAUCGUAGAGAUGAAAUAGAUUCAAAACAUUAUCCGGCGUUUCACCAAGUCGAUGCUGUCAGGAUAUGCACUCCUGAAGAAGUUUUCAGACACGAGGGAAGUAUUCAGGCAGUAUUUGAAAAGAAAAGUCAGAGAACUGCAGCCAAGCAAGCGUGCCAUACCUUGGCAGCUACAAAACACAUGGAACAUGAAUUGAAACAGACACUUGAAGGAUUAGCAGAAACUCUGUUUGGAUCAGGCUUUCAGUAUAGAUGGGUAGAUACAACAUUUCCUUUUACACACCCAUCUUGGGAGUUGGAGGUAUUACGUGAUGACAACUGGAUGGAAAUUUUGGGCUGUGGAAUUAUGGAGAACGAAAUUCUAGAGAGUGCAGGAGUAAAGGACCGAAUUGGCUGGGCAUUUGGAUUAGGUCUGGAAAGACUAGCAAUGUGUCUAUAUUCCAUUCCUGACAUUCGUCUCUUCUGGAGCUCCGAUUCUGGCUUCUUGUCACAGUUCAAUGUGAAAGAUCCUGAUAUUCAAAUAAAAUAUAAGCCAAUAAGUAUAUACCCUCAGUGCACAAAUGAUAUAAGUUUCUGGUUACCUUCAGAUGAUUCAUUCACACCAAAUGAUUUCUAUGAUUUGGUAAGAACUGUUGGAGGUGAUGUCAUAGAGCAGAUUUCCCUGAUCGAUGAAUUCACCCAUAAAAAGAAAGGAUUAAAAAGUCACUGUUAUCGUAUUGUGUACAGGCAUAUGGACAGGACACUGACACAGAAAGAAGUAAAUGAAAUACAUAACAGUAUUGCAAGAAUGGCAGAAGAAAUACUUGGUGUUACAAUAAGAUAAUAGAAAAAGUUUUAAAAUAAAGUUAUUUAUUAUUACAACUUGAUAAAGAUUUUUUUUUUGAUUCUUUCAACAACAGAGUCACAUUACAUUCAAUAUGGCAUCGAAACAAAUGUACAACCCAGGCUCUAUUUUCACAAAAGUAUCACAUAUAUUAUAAGUAAGUAUAAUAAACCUGCAUUCCACAAAUUAGAUUUUUUUU